GCGUGGGGGGCGUGCGGUAGGCGUGCGGACGCGCGCCCCAGGGAGGGCUGCUGGGCGACUGCGCGGCCGACUUUCCCCCACGCAGAGUCACCUGGGGCGACCCUGAGGUGGUGAGAGGGCUCCUCUACACCGCGGAACGGAGCCUAACGUGGAGGUCGUGCGGCCGUGUCCCUGCCACGUUCCAGUGACUGCAGGCUGAUUCACCGGGCUUCCCCGGGAACUUUCCCUUCCUCGAGGCCGGGCCCCGGAGGGUCUCACUAAGCUUUUUCGGCCCGGCACCUGGUGUGGGACACGGCACAUACCACUUCAGGGCCAGGGUCCUUAGCGGGUUUUUCUGAUUUGAGGCGGAGUUGGAAGGAGACUGUUUUUCUUCCCCACGUGGUCUGGAUGAGCGGAACUCGCUCCUCCUCCUGGUGGGCAACGCCGCGUUUUGAAAGCUGCUUCCCGAGGAAAGGAAUGGUUCUCCAGUGGUUUCUUUCGGGGUCAAUUGGAAUCCUGUUGGUCCCUCAAAGAGGCCCACUUUACAUGGAAAACAGGGUGUGGGUGGGACUCAGGAGCUGGCAUAAUGGGAAGGAAUGGUGAAUGAGGAAAAAGUGGGAAGCAAAGACAAGUCUUGGGGAAACAUGUUUUCUAGUGUCUAGGAAAUAUCCCUGGGUCAUAAAUCUCAGGGGCAGGUGGGGAAGUACAGUGAUAAACAUCAGUGAUUGUCCCAUGUUUUGGAGGAGGCCAAGUGUUUGAGUUACAUUUUCUGCAGCCAUCUGCCCUUAGCAGACCGCUUCCCUCAAGCGUUAACCGAAACCCACCUCUCGAGAGGGUAUUGUAGCAGUAAAAUGUGAGGACGCGAGUAUAGCAGUAAGUACUUCAGGAGUACAAAAGUGGACAGCUACAAGCAUAGAUCUAGUAUAGGUGUCUGCCUCUCAUAUUGUCACUUUUUUCAGUUUUUUCAUCUGAACAGGAGAUGAGAGUCUCUCAGUUAAAUAAAAUUGCAGUAGAUCCCUUUGUUUCCCUUGGCUUGUAGAUUUCAUUAUUGUGCAUGCAUGUUUCUCUCCUAGAUGUAUAGUUGGUGACUUUGUCCCCAGAUGCUGAGGUGCCUGAAUCCCUGGCGCAGGCCACUACUGAGCUGUAGUUGGAGUAGGCUGUGCCUUUUCAAGCAGUAUCUGUUUACAAUGAAGUUGCAGUCUCCAGAAUUCCAGUCACUGUUCACAGCAGGAUUGAAGAGUCUGACAGAUUUAUUUGUGAAAGAAAAUCAUGAAUUAAGAAUAGCAGGAGGAGCAGUGAGGGAUUUAUUAAGUGGAGUAAAGCCUCAAGAUGUGGAUUUUGCUACCACUGCUACCCCUGCUCAGAUGAAGGAGAUGUUUCAGUCUGCUGGUAUUCGCAUGAUAAACAACAAAGGGGAAAAGCAUGGGACAAUUACUGCCAGGCUUCAUGAAGAAAAUUUUGAAAUUACUACACUGCGGAUUGAUGUUGUCACUGAUGGAAGACACGCUGAGGUAGAAUUCACAACUGAUUGGCAGAAAGAUGCUGAACGCAGAGAUCUCACUAUAAAUUCUAUGUUUUUAGGUUUUGAUGGUACCUUAUUUGACUACUUCAGUGGUUUUGAAGAUUUAAAAAAUAAGAAAGUUAGAUUUGUUGGACAUGCUAAACAGAGGAUACAAGAAGAUUAUCUUCGAAUUUUAAGAUAUUUCCGGUUUUAUGGGAGAAUUGUAGACAAGCCUGGUGACCACGAUCCUGAGACUUUGGAAGCAAUUGCAGAAAAUGCAAAAGGCUUGGCUGGAAUAUCAGGGGAGAGAAUUUGGGUGGAACUGAAAAAAAUUCUUAUUGGUAACCAUGUAAAUCACUUGAUUAACCUCAUCUAUGAUCUUGAUGUGGCUCCUUACAUAGGCUUACCUACUAAUGCAAGUUUAGAAGAAUUUAACAAAGUCAGUAAAAAUGUUGAAGGUUUUUCACCAAAGCCAAUGACUGUCUUGGCCUCAUUAUUCAAAGUACAGGAUGAUGUCACAAAAUUGGAUUUGAGGUUGAAGAUUUCAAAAGAAGAGAAAAACCUUGGUAUAUUUGUAGUUAAAAACAGGAAAGAUUUGGUUAAAGCAGCAGAUAGUUCAGAACCAUUGAAACCCUAUCAAGACUUCAUUAUAGAUUCUAGGGAAUCUGAUGCAACGACCCGUGUGUGUGAACUCCUGAAGUACCAAGGAGAGCAUCGUCUUCUUGAGCAAAUGCAGCAAUGGUGCAUUCCUCCAUUUCCUGUGAGUGGCCAUGACAUCAGAAAAGUAGGCAUUUCUUCAGGAAAAGAAAUUGGGGCUCUGUUGCAGCAGUUACGAGAACAGUGGAAAAAAAGCGGUUACCAAAUGGAGAAAGAUGAACUCCUAAGUUACAUAAAGAAGAGUGAAAAUUGAUGAGAGCUGAUAUUAAAUAGCAGAACAUUUUUGGUAAAA